AUGCCGCCUGAACGCACAGAAAAGCUUGUACAGAGAACUUUGGAUGGAAAGGUCGCGUCUUCGUCGUCUUCCAAAGCCCCCUCGAAGCCUUCCAAGUCAAAAUCCAAGUCGAAGGGCCCGCCACGCGUUUAUACAGACGCGAUAUUGACGAUUCAACCCAAAUUCGCCGACCUUAUCUUAAAAAAGGAGAAGAACCACGAGUUCAGAAAAUACCACCUACGCGAAGGGGUGGUGCGGCUCUGGUUGUACGAGACAGCUCCAACUUCAGCUUUGACGUAUAUCAUCGAAACUGGGCCUCCGAAAGAGCCUGGUGAGGUUCAGGACUCUACGGGGAUCGGCAACGACGAUUUCGACGCUGGCAAGAAGGAAUCCAAAUUUGGAUACCCAGUGCUUGGACUGCUCCGUCUGCCUAAGGCUUUGACUGUCAAUGACAUGGAGAAGUUUGGAUUGGCGACGCCGCAAGGAUACUAUUAUGCCACUCAGAGCUUGGUGGAUGGACAACCUUUGGACUCAAUGGAACGCGUGUUUUAG